AUGGAGGUACCGAGUUCGAGCAAUAUAACACCCUCUCAACAACCCAUGGAAGCCGAGAUGGAAAUUGAGCAAGCAUCACUAAAGAGGCGCCACCCAGAUGAAGAUACUGAAAUGGCGUUUGAGCUUUCAGACGGGUCCGAGGAUAACGCUCGAAAUCAUUUCACGCAACAUGAACGACAUGGCUUGCAAUACCAACCUGAACCUGAUAUGGGGGUCUUUUGGGACUAUGGGGGCUACCGCAGGCAUAUGGGAUUCGGCAAAAAAAGAAAACUGAAUUGUGGUCACGCGCUACGCUCUGUAGACUACCUUGAAGAUGAAAUUUCUAAUAGCAGCAACAUUAGUGUCAGCAGUCGCUCUGAAGAAAUAUAUGUCGAGCCCAGAUAUGUUGCUCCAACAUCAGAGAAUUACCCAAACAUCAACCCAACGAAUUACUUUGAGCCAGGACCGAUGACAUACAAAAAUGAAGAAAACUUCAUGUAUGGGCACUGGAUUCUGUUUACAAACGUACUUGGCGGAUGGAGCUACAAGUUCGUCAAAGUCUUUCUUCGUCGUCAGCUCGGUCUCAUUUGCAAGAAGGGAAGACCUCUGCCUGGAACCCAGCCCGCUAAAGAUGAUUUCCGUAUCAUCGUGCGAUUAGGAUCUAAAGAAGAACGAGACAGGAUUUUGGAGUACUUGCUCACAAAACAUGUUACCCAUUAUUUCAUGCACAGCAUUAUAGAUGAACUACCAGUUGGAAGCUUUGAUUCCGACUCUGAAAAUGAAGAUGAUUCUGGCCUAAUUGGUGUACUUCAACAUUUAGAU